GGCCGCUGCGUGGCGAUGCUGCGGCUGCUGCUGGAGGCUGGGGGAGACUUGGCCAUCAGAGAGGAGCAUCCGGUGGACGGGGAGGACGGGUGGUCUGGCCGCCCCUCCAGGGGGGAGGACAUUGAGGCCAUACAAGUCCCCCUGGCCACCAGGCCACGUCCCCAAGGCCCCAGAGACGCGGAGGCUGCCUCAGCGUUGGAGUUGGAGCACGAAACUCGGGAUCUCAAGGUGGAGUUGGAGUUGAGACGCCGCUCCAGUGGAGCAAUCGGGAUGCGGAGAUCAUCUGGAGCCGAAGUGGAGCAAGUGGAGCACGUGGAGCGUAUGAUUCACAUGGCGGCGAGGGUUGGAUGUGGUGGAUGCCUUUCUCUCCUGGUGGAGUGCGGUGCUCCAGUCAACUCCAGG